AUGGACGAGCCGUUGGAAGCGGUGGCGCAGGCGCACAGUGAAGUGGCGAUCCCAGUUGGGGAGACGGCGACGCUGCAGGGCAUGCUGGCAGAUCCGCCCGAGCCGCAGCAGCCGGCGGAGAAAAAGUGGCAGCAGGAAGAGCUGCGUCCCGUGCAAGCCGCAGCUGCGAGCUCCUCAGCUGGAAAGCGCCCCAAAGCAGCCACUCACUACGGACCAGCGCGCCGCCAUCGCUACGCUUGCCGAAGCAGUGGGCGGCAGCGAGGCGACGCAGAUAAAUGUUCGAAUCUGGGUUUAUAUCGCCGGCACGCAAGUGGAUACGACAUCUAA